UGGGAAACUUUCACUCUUACUUUCUUCUUGUUACGUUGUCUCCCCUUUAUUUUCCUCUCUGUCUUCUGCACUGCGUUGUGCUGUUUAGAGGAGAAAUCCAGGAUAACACGUUCUGACUCAAAGGAGAAGAUGAAGUCCCGUUUGUUCUUUGUCGUCACCUGUGUGACGCUGCUCUCGCUGUGUCACGCCACUCCUCUGUUCUACAACACAUCCAUGGACGGCAGUGGUGAUGAAGCAGAGCUGGAGCUUAUUUUUCCAACCUCUUUCUCCACCCGAGCACCUGUUCAGAUCUCCGCUGCCACUGGAGCGCCCAGCCUCACCAACUCCAUCACCACCACCAUGAUCCGCCUGAAGGACUUCGUCUUCACUCGAGUUGUGGACUUCCUGCAGGAGAAUUUGCUCAUCAUCAUCGUCGUGACCUCUCUUCUCAUCGUCAUGGUCUUCAUCAUCUGCUGUGCCACUGCCAUGAGUCACAAGCGCAAGCUGGAGGCCUACAAACCCCCUCUUCAUCCAAACAAGAAGAAUGUGGCUGAUAAAACAGGCGCACGCAAAAAUUCAAGCGAGCCCCAGGAGAGGCCUUACGCCGUCGACCACGUCAAGAGGGUGCAGACUCAGAGCAUGGCCUCCCCCAAGCACCUGCGCAUGCCCUCCAAGGCUCUGGUGGGUGAGAGGGGCAGAGACGUCAGGUCGUCGCCGCGCCAGGAGGUCAGAAAGGUCAGGGAGGCAGAGGAGGUUGAAAAGCGGAGAGAGGAGCCCAAGCCCAAAGAGCAGCCUAAGUACAGGGAGGAGGUGCAGCAGAGCUCCAGCCCCAGCACCAGCUCCGGUCAUACAGUCUGCACCUGCCACCUGAAAAAGGCCCACCACUAAGGCAUGAUCACGGCUGAUGUUGGCUUAAUGGGUGAAACGUUACAACCAUUACAUAAAAACGAGAUCAGACAGGUUGGUUAUACUGCACAAAUAUGGAAAUAAAUAUAUAAAUGCAUUUGAGAUUCAAAUCUGGUAUGGUCUUUUUUCGACUUCCUCCAAGAAAAUGUUUUUACGAGGCUCAUGCCGUUAAAAACAUCCAAUGAUUAAACAGUUAAAUCUAAAUGUUCAUGAAUAUUUGAAUUUUUGAUUCAAAAAUGAUUUGUUAGAAGAUGUGUUAAUAGGAAUCAAAAUAUUGAAUUGUGUUGCUGCAUAAAUCCUGUCUAUAAAUGUUGCAUGUCACAGUUUGAUACCUACACAGAUUAAAAAGCCAACACUUGAUGUGGAAAAUGUCUUUGAAUGCUACAUGCCAACAACCUUUGAGUUUUAAGUGGCUCAGUGGUCUGCUUGUCCUUAGUCCAGCUGUGGUCAAACAGUUGUUUGUUAUCAGUGAUUACCACAGUAAGGAGUCUUAACCGCAUAAAAGCAUAUCACUGUGACAUCGAAGUAGCAUUACCUGAAACUGCAAAAUAUGUUAUUUUCUUAUGGAUACGUUUUUUCGUGGAGAAAGAUAAGAAAAAUAUAUUUUGAAAAAAUUAGAAUGGGCAGCCUUUAUUUUGCAAUGCCCUUCCAAAUUGAAAUGACAAAAAAAGUAUUUGUGUGUUUUUUAUACCAAGAUGUAAUACUAUAUAUGCCUGCCUAAAGACAGAGGGGUCUCCUCAGUAUGUCCUGCUGUACGCUGUGGCAUCUUCCCAGCAGCUAAAAGCUUUGGCAGAACCAGUCUGUCAUUUAAAAAAAGUGAGAUUCCAGUAAACUUGAUUUGUUGGAUAAGUAACAUAACUAUCUCUUUAUAUUUACAUUCAUAUAUACUUCAUUUUGUUUGCCUCAUGUUAUUUUAUGUCAUAUCAUAUUGUAUUUUAUUUUGCAAACCUUUUUCACAAAGCUUUACUCCAAAAGCACAACUUGCAACAGUGUUAUUUUCUGGGAAGUUUAAGUAAAAACAUACAUAUAUAUAAAUCUAUCUGUUAUCUAUCUGUCUAUAUAUUUAUUUGGUUGAUAGUUCUGAUGUGCCUUCAACAUGAAAUGUAGUGGUUUUUUGGGGUAUAAAAACUUUGUGAAUCAGGUUUGUUUUUUAAGAGGUAAUACUUAUGUUUAGGAUAAAUCAUGUGUUUUGUUUUUAAUGUAAUAAUUUGUAAUAAGUCAAAACUUGUGUACGGAGAUAGGUAGUUGGCCUGUUUUGCUGGUGUAACAGGUUUAAAUUGAUAUAUUUGUCAAAUGAAUCUGAUAUCAUUUGAAUAAAAAUUCAGAUUACACUGGAGAGGCUAAUUUGUAAAAACUCCAACUCACUGUUCCAUCAAGGUAACGACUCCAAGCAUCUAAACCAAGUUUGACUUUUUAUGAAUCAAGGGCCAGACUUUUGUCAUGUUUAAAACUCUUUAACCUCAGAAUGAUGUCUUCUUAUGUUUCCAUUCAGAUUAUUCUUAUAAGUGACAGUUUAUUGUUUUUUUUCAAAAUACAAAAUGUUCUUAUGUUGAAUAAAUUGUUGAUAAUGAUGUUUCUGUCAUUAUUGAAAAUGGUGGAAACAGUUUCAUAGGGAAAGACAAUGCUGCCCAAAAGAAACCUAAGAUCAGAAAAGGAUACUUGAUAUGUGCACAUCUACCUUAAAGCAAAGCAAUAGUAUAUAGUAUAUAGUUGAGCUGCAUAUUUUUAUGCACUUUUGGGGCUUUUUGUAAAGUCAUUCUGGGGGAUUAAAGAACUGGAGUGAUGUGGGCUGUUCUUUUGGAUUUGGUCAAGACUCUUGCAGAACUCUUGUCACAAGUCCAUUGCAAUAAUCAAUUUUGCUUGAGAUCUUCUAACUUAACA